AGCGAUGGACCGCUAGGGCCCGGCGGAGCCCCGCCAUGCCGCCGCCGAGUGGCCCCAGCGUCCUCGCGCGGCUGCUGCCGCUGCUGGGGCUGUUGCUCGGUGGCGCUUCCCGGGCUCCGGGCAAGUCGCCUCCGGAGCCCCCCAGCCCACAGGAGAUCCUGAUCAAGGUGCAGGUAUAUGUGAGCGGGGAGCUGGUGCCCCUGGCCCGGGCCUCGGUGGAUGUGUUUGGGAACCGUACCUUGCUGGCGGCGGGCACCACAGACUCAGAGGGCGUGGCCACACUACCCCUCAGUUACCGCUUGGGCACCUGGGUGUUGGUCACUGCAGCCCGCCCUGGCUUCCUCACCAACUCCGUGCCAUGGCGUGUUGACAAGCUGCCCUUGUACGCGUCAGUCAGCCUCUACUUGCUCCCAGAGCGGCCAGCCACCCUCAUCCUCUACGAGGACCUUGUGCACAUCCUCCUAGGCUCGCCUGGAGCGCGCUCACAGCCCUGGGUGCAGUUCCAGCGCCGCGCUGCCCGCCUGCCCGUCAGCUCCACCUACAGCCAGCUCUGGGCCUCGCUCACACCGGCCAGCACCCAGCAGGAGAUGCGGGCUUUCCCUGCCUUCUUGGGCACUGAGGCCUCCAGCUCAGGCAAUGGCUCCUGGCUGGAGCUGGUACCCUUGGCUGCCGUAAGCGUGCACCUGCUGACAGGCAAUGGGACAGAGGUGCCGCUCUCAGGCCCCAUUCAUCUGUCCCUGCCAGUGCCCUCCGAGCCACGUGCCCUCGCUGUCGGCACCAGCAUUCCAGCCUGGAGGUUUGACCCUAAGAGUGGGCUGUGGGUACGAAAUGGCACUGGUGUGAUCCGGAAGGAAGGACGGCAGCUCUACUGGACCUUCAUCUCCUCCCAGCUGGGAUACUGGGUGGCUGCCAUGGCCUCCCCCACAUCUGGCCUGGUCACCAUCACGUCGGGCAUCCAGGACAUUGGCACCUACCACACCAUCUUCCUGCUCACCAUCCUGGCAGCCUUGGCCCUGUUGGUCCUCAUUCUGCUGUGUCUGCUCAUCUACUACUGCCGAAGGCGCUGCCUGAAGCCGAGGCAACAGCACCGCAAGCUGCAGCUCUCCGGACCCUCGGACGGUAACAAACGAGAUCAGGCCACCUCGAUGUCCCAGCUCCACCUCAUCUGUGGAGGACCCCUGGAGCCCCCCUCGUCCGGAGACCCUGAAGCCCCACCCCCAGGCCCCCUGCACUCGGCCUUCUCCAGCUCCCGGGACUUAGCCUCCUCCAGAGACGACUUCUUCCGUGCCAAGCCCCGAUCCACCAGCCGCCCAGCCGCGGAGGUGCCCGGUGCCCGCGGGGGCGAGAGUGCCGGGCUCAAGGGUGCCCGCUCCGUCGAGGGACCCGGAGGACUGGAACCCGGCCUGGAGGAGUACCGGCGGGCACCCCCGGCGGGGGCCGCGGCCUUCCUGCACGAGCCACCUUCGCCGCCGCCACCCUUCGACCACUACCUGGGCCACAAGGGCGCGGCCGAGAGCAAGACCCCCGACUUCCUGCUGUCGCAGUCCGUAGACCAGCUCGCGCGCCCCCCGUCGCUCAGCCAGGCCGGGCAGCUCAUCUUCUGCGGCUCCAUCGACCACCUCAAGGACAAUGUCUACCGCAACGUCAUGCCCACCUUGGUGAUCCCCGCACACUACGUGCGCCUGGGCGGCGAGGCGGGUACGGCGGGAGUGGGCGACGACCCCGCCCCGCCCGAGGGCUCAGCCCCCGGCCCCGCGCGCCCUUUUCCCCAGCCCGACCCCCAGCGCCCGCUGAUGCCAGGUCACCCGGGCGCGGGGGGCGAGGGCGGCAGCGGGGGUGGGGGCGGUGGUGGCGGUGGUGGUGGUGGUGUCGGCGGCGAGGGCUGGGGAGGUGGGCGCUCGGCCCCGGUCAGCGGUUCGGUGACGAUCCCGGUGCUGUUCAACGAAUCCACCAUGGCGCAGCUCAACGGCGAGCUGCAGGCCCUGACGGAGAAGAAGCUUCUGGAACUGGGCGUGAAGCCUCACCCGCGCGCCUGGUUCGUGUCCCUGGACGGGCGCUCCAACUCGCAAGUGCGCCACUCGUACAUCGACCUGCAGGCGGGCGGCGGGGGCCGCAGCACCGACGCCAGCCUGGACUCGGGCGUGGACGUGCACGAGGCGAGGCCGGCGCGCCGCCGACCCGCGCGCGAGGAACGGGAGCGGGAGCGCGCGGCGCCGCCGCCCCCGCCCGCGCCCCCGCGCCUGGCCCUCAGCGAGGACACGGAGCCCAGCAGCAGCGAGAGCCGCACGGGGCUCUGCUCGCCCGAGGACAACUCGCUGACGCCGCUGCUGGACGAAGUGGUGGCGCCCGAGGGCAGGGCGGCCACGGUACCCCGGGGUCGGGGACGCAGCCGCGGGGACAGUUCCCGCAGCAGUGCCAGCGAGCUGCGGCGCGACUCUCUCACCAGCCCGGAGGACGAGCUGGGAGCCGAGGUGGGCGACGAGGCCGGCGACAAGAAGAGCCCUUGGCAGCGCAGGGAGGAGAGGCCGCUGAUGGUGUUCAACGUCAAGUAGCCCCGCCCCGGGGCCCGGCCCCGCCCCGCCCUGCUGCGCGGGUCCCCCGAGUGCGCGCCCCGGGGAGCGGCGGGGGUUCUCGCUCUUAACCACGGAGAGGUUCCUUUCCCCCGCCCCCCCCAACCCAAUUCCCCGGGGAACCUACGGAGCCGUUCGUUCGGUGGUAUGUGCUGGGGAGUGUCUCGGGAUCGGGGACCCUGGAUCUGCCUCCUCCGAGCGCAGGGAGGUGGGAGGGGCUGGGGAGGAGGGCUGGGGGUGGGAAGCAGUGCCUGUAUGAACGUGGCUGUACAUAGAAAGAUCUAUUGUGGGAGACCAGGAGGGGGUGACCCGGCCUCAGCUGCUAGGGUGAGGGCCGGGAAGGGAGGGGCAUUCUCUGUGGACCCUUGGGAGGGGAGGGGGUGCUGCUUGCGGAGUAGCCCGUCUCUGGGCUACGAUGGCACAGGGCUAGUGGCUGGGGCAGCCCUGGAGUCAGGGGGGUAUGUGAUGGGGCUCGUCCCUCCUGCUGUGGGCAACAGCAAAUAUAAAACUGGUGAGGUUAAGGCUG